AUGAGUGGAUAUAUACCCACGCCUGAUCUGCCUCACCCAGCGCAUAUCGAGCGCGAAUCAGCCCUGGGCAAGAAGUUUGGCAAAGAAGUGGUCAACUACUUCGGCUCCUCUCCUCUGAAUCGAGUGUCGUUCCUUCGUGAAGACCAUGACUUUAUUGCCGGAGCAUUCGCUCAUCCGUCUACCAAGUUCAUCGCGUACAAGAAUCUGUCUCCCCUGAUUGACUCGCCCACGAAGAUUCACUAUCUCAGCUACGAUGACAUCAAGACUAUCCAACCAGACAAUCCUUUCAAGAGAACCGAGAAAGAGCUGUUAGAGUCCUUCAACUCGAGCAUUGCGAUACCACAGCUUGUGUUCCUGGGUCUGGAUGAAACUAACAAGGAUGGCUAUACGUACAAGAACUAUACUGGAGCUCCUCAUUUCGCCAUCGAUGUGACACCCAAGAAGACCUUUGAGAAAGAGGCAGAAGCCUUGUCACAGAAAUGGCUGGACAGUGGCCUCAUGUUCGUAGAAGGCAUGCGCGCAAUGAAUUUUCCAGCAGAUAUCGCCGCUGAAUAUGCUCAAGGACGACAUUACCUGGACUGGAAUGCAAGGAACACUUAUUGCGGCACAUGUGGACAUCCUACUUUGUCCGUCAAUGCUGGCGCGAAACGUGUCUGCCCACCAAUCGACCAAGCUGAGACUCCAGCAGAGCGGACACCUUGCAAUACCCGGACAACACUAUCUAACUUGACCUUCCCAAGAACCGACCCUACCAUCAUUGUAGCUGUACUUUCGCACGACUCAAAACGUCUCCUGCUCGGUCGUCAGAAGCGCUGGCCACCAUACUGGUUCUCCACUCUUGCGGGCUUCAUUGAACCAGCCGAAUCCGUCGAGGAUGCCGUACGUCGCGAGGUCUGGGAAGAGUCCGGCGUCGUCCUUUCGCGAGUCCUCAUUCACAGUACUCAACCAUGGCCAUAUCCCGCCAAUCUGAUGAUCGGUGCGAUCGCCCAAGUCGCUUCUCCUGAAGACGAGGUAAUCAAGCUCGACAACGAUCCAGAACUAGAGACAGCGAAAUGGUUCGAGCUCGAUGAAAUCAAGGAGGCCCUGGAGAAUGGCACAAGCAGUUUGGGUGAAGCAGCACCGUCAGGAUAUAAAGAGGGUAAUUUGAGGUUACCGCCGAGAACAGCUAUUGCAAACCAGCUUAUUACAGCGGUAGUCGAGGGUGGAUUUUUGGAAGGCGUGACUCCAUUAGCGACUGCAAGUAAGAUGUGA